AUGGGCAACUAUGUUUCAGCUUGUAGCACUUUUGGUAUCACACCCAAAAUAAAGAGCAACAAAGCAGCUAGAGUAAUAUUCCCAACAGGCGAAAUCCGACAGUUCCAAGAAUCUAUCAAAGCGGCCGAAAUCAUGUUUUUUUGUCCUAAUUUUUUCCUAGUUAAUUCACAAUCAUUAAACAUCAAUAGACGAUUCUCUCCUCUAUCCGCGGACGAGGAUUUGGAACCUGGAAACGUUUAUGUCAUGUUUCCUAUGAGACGUGUGAACUCAAUGAUCACUCCAGCCGAUUUGGCCACUUUUUGGAUGUCAGCUAAUAAUGCACCUAGGCGAAUUUCAGGAAAAAUAUCUCCCGAGUCGUCGGCAUUGAGUGGUGAUGAAAAUGCGAUGGUGCGGAAUGAAGAGCCGAGGUUGGUUGUUGAUGGGUCCGAAUUUAGUCAUAGGUUGGUCGUUUGUAGAUCAAAAAAGCCGGAUUUGGAUACUAUUAAGGAGGAGCCGGUUCGGUCUAAGUCGUAG